UGAGGCUCUGUCUAGCGACUCGGAUUCGUCUUUUGGCGACGAUGAAUACGAACAUGCCAACUACCGGGUGAAUGACAACGACCAUCCACGCGACGACGACGAGUACAAUGAAGAUCGAUCAUACUAUCUAAGAGACGACCGAGGAUCCAUCACAUCUGUCCUGAGUAGAAGCAAUUAUCGAGCUCCCAGUAGACUGCCGCUCAGAGUCGCGUCAGCAAACCACAACUACAACCACAGGACCGAAUCACUCAGAAGUGCCUCUGGAAGACUCGCUUUCAGGGUCGCGCCCAUGUCAGGGCGACAGAGUAAUGGCGUGCCUCGCCAGAACAUGCGCGACGCCAUAGUACAGCAAUGGGAUCCGUCGCGACGACAGAACGGCCAGUCACGAUCAGCACACAACACAGGACACGCGACAGGAGCCCCGCCGACGCCGCCUAUGAAUGACAGCGAGGAGGAGCAUGCAGAGAGACAGAGGACGUUACGCGACAAGAUUAUGCAGCAAGUUGAAGAGAAUGGUAUCGAGCGUCCCCAGGGUUACAAUGUCUCGUACCACUACAACCGUCGCGUUGAAAACAUGCAUUUCGGUCGCACACAUCCCAUGAAGCCAUGGCGACUCACUCUGACGAAACACCUCGUCAUGGGCUACGGUCUUCAAUUCGCAAUGGACAACUACGACGCUCUUCCAGCAAGCAAAGAGACCGUCGCUGCUUUCCAUGACGAGGAUUAUGUCGACUUCCUUUCAAAGGUCUCACCGCAAACAUUCGACGAACUAUGUAAAAUAUACGAAGAUCGAAUUCCGCAGAGUGCUGAUUGUCCUGUAUUCGACGGCAUGCAAGAGUACCUCUUCUUAUACACCGGUGCCACAAUGGAAGCCGUCUCAGCAUUGACGAAUCAUCAAUCUGAUAUCGCUAUCAACUGGUCUGGAGGCCUUCAUCACGCACACAAGUCCGAAGCUUCGGGUUUCUGUUAUAUCAACGACAUUGUUCUGGGCAUUGUGGAACUACUGAAAUGCCAUCAGCGUGUCUUGUAUAUCGAUAUCGACGUCCACCACGGAGAUGGUGUCGAAGAGGCAUUUGCAAGCAGUGACAGAGUCAUGACACUCUCCUUCCAUCGCUAUGGUAUUAUCGACGAAGAUUCGAGAGAAAAGCACCUCUUCUUCCCGGGAACUGGAGCGCUAAAUAGCAACGGCAACGAGAAGAGUAUCGGCAACCACUUUGCGUUGAACGUGCCUAUCCCCAAGGGUAUUGAUGACGACCAGUUCCUAUACCUCUUCGAAACCAUCACCGGCCGUACGCUGGAGCACUUCCGUCCUCAGGCCAUCGUUCUUCAAUGCGGAGCUGAUUCACUCGGCGGCGAUCGUCUCGGCCAAUUCAACCUCAACAUCCGCGCUCAUGGCGAGUGUCUGGCCUUUGUGAAGAAAGCCGGCGUGCCUUUACUUAUUCUCGGCGGAGGCGGUUACACAGCUCGCAAUGUGGCUCGUGCAUGGACUCACGAGACUGCUCUCGCUGUCGGCGCAACACUCAGCGAAGAGCUACCCAUGCAUAUCGUCCCUCGCCCUCAAGCCUUCAUGGGUAGAGAGCAUGGUGACGGCAGGUUAUACCCUGAACUCGCUGGCUUCCACAAGAACAACGUCACGCAGAAAGAGCUGGAUCUACUAGUUGAGCAUUGUCAUGAGGAGCUCAGAUACAUCCAACAUGCACCCAGUGUCGUCAUGGAAAGCUUGCCGGGCAGAGCACAAAUGGACGCAGCCAGAAGACAAGUCGAUGAUGAAAUGGAAGCAGAUCGUGCGGCAGAAAGCGGCAGAGGCCAAAGCGACAGGCGCAGACGCGAAAGAGGCACAGGAACACGUGGAGAGCUCCGAUAG